GCCACGUGAUUCUCAAUUGACCAAUGAAAUUUGUUUCGGUCUUCAUCCAGAAAUUAGAACUCCAAAACAUUAUACUCAAUUAAUGACACAAUGUUGGAGUUCUGACCCCUCAAAUCGACCAACUAUAUCUGAAUUAAAUGAAAAGUUAGAAAUUUGGAUAAGCGCUAUUGAUGAUUCGGAUCCAUAA